AUACACGUUUACGGUGACGUCUUAAUGUUGGGACUCAUGAUCUGUUGCUAGUUUCCGAUUCAAUUAAAACCAAAACCAGAUUAAUACAAAGACAAUGUUUGAUGACAGUAAAUGUAAAUGCAUCCAAGCGGAAACAGAAAAUAUGUAUCUUCCACUUCCGGAGAGAACCACCCUAUGUUCCUCCGCCAGCUGAGCUGCUCCGGCUCCUACUUCCUUCCCCGCAGCCGUCCAGCUCUCUGCAGGGCGGGCUUCAGGAGCAGCGGUGCCUCCUCCUCCUACCUCCGCCAUUUCACCCCCGCUCCUCAUCCAUGUUGGUCGGUGCGGGGAUUUCCCCCCUGGCCUCCUCGACUCCAUUACUCCCACUCAGCAGCCCGGCAGGUCUUCUCUGGUAGGACGUUACACCCUCGGAGCAUCCACCCUGGUAACUUUGGCGGUAGUUUGCGUUCGCUCCACACCUCUGCCGGCCUCAUGAUGGAGAGGUCCGACAGAGACAGAGAGCCUCCUCACAAACGGAGGAAGAGUGCAGAGGAGAAGAGGAGUGUUGAAGAAAGAGAAGGACACAGAGGAGGAGCAGCAGGGGUGACAGGAGGCAAGGCCAAGGAUGGAGGCUCUAAGAGGGAGCACCAUCACCUGGAUUCCAGCGCAGACAGCCGCCCUCGACCAAACCACCGCAUCAAAGGUGGCAGUCAAGACAGAGGGAAGAAUGGAGCUGGAAAAGGUGUCAGUAGGGAAAACAGCAGAGAUAAACACGUAGAAAGGACUAAAACUUGGAAUAAAGACAGACAACGAGAAGACAGCACCGGACGAGAUAAAACCCCAAAUCGAGGGAGGAGCGCACAUCAGCAAGGAGAGCAUAAAGCUUCACAGCCUGCAAGGUCUAGGACUCAAACCCCCAAGUCAAAACCUGAACAGGAUACAGUUCACAUGCACAAACUCAACCCCUGGUUCAAAGAGAGGGGUACAGAGGAGCAGGGGGGGUGUGAGAGGAAUACAAAAGGACCAGAGGGACAGUUAAGGUACAGAAGUAGUGAUGGAGGGCAGCGGACGGGGCUUCUUUCCCAGCCUUGCAGCACCAGUCUCCCCCCAAACCCGUGGGAGGUAGCCGGAGCCAGCAGGCAGCCUCCUCCACCUGGACCCUGCCCGCCUGUCAGACAACAGGACGACGUUAAACCAGUGAAAUCUCUACAGAGACACUGGGAGGCCUCGCCUGCCUGCAGUACCGACCUCCAACCACCAGGGGACAGCACAGCGUUUGACUUCUCAGUGAUGUCCUAUAACAUCCUGUCUCAGGAGCUGCUGCAGGACAACGUCUACCUGUACCGGCACUGUAACCCCGGCGUCCUGCCCUGGAGCCACCGGCUGCCCAACCUGCUGGCUGAGAUCCAGCAGUACGACGCUGAUAUCCUGUGUCUUCAAGAAGUCCAGGAGGACCACUAUGAAAACCAGAUUAAACCUGCUCUGCAGGCACUAGGUUACCAGUGUGAGUACAAAAAGCGAACAGGAAGGAAACCAGACGGUUGUGCUGUUAUCUUUAAAACCUCCCGCCUGUCACUCCUUUCCUCCAAUCCCGUUGAGUUUUUCCGCCCCGGCGACGCCCUCCUCGACCGGGACAAUGUGGGAUUGGUUGUGCUGCUGCAACCUAACGACGCCAUGGGCCAGUCAGAUCCCUCCGCCUUCAUCUGCGUCGCCAACACGCACCUCCUCUACAACCCUCGCCGUGGCGACAUCAAACUGGCCCAGCUGGCGAUCCUACUGGCCGAGAUCAGCCGGCUGUCCAGCCUCCCGGACGGGGCGACCAAUCCGGUUGUGCUGUGUGGGGAUUUUAACUCCACCCCCCGGAGUCCGCUGUACAGCUUUCUGACCACAGGCUGCCUGGAGUACAGAGGACUACAGAUCGGCAUGGUGUCCGGUCAGGAAAACAGUCCCAGAGGUCAGCGUCUCCUAGAGUCUCCAAUCUGGUCUCACAGUUUGGGAAUCAACCAUCAGUGUCAGUACAAGAACAAACCCACUGCGGAGUCGUCCUCCAGCAGCCCUACAGCAGUAGAAGGAGCGAUCUCUAAUCUGACUGUAGAAGAUCUUGCCACCAAAGCUGCUGCCGCUUUUAACACAGCGAGGAUCGAGCACAGGCUGAAGCUGCAGUCGUCCUACCAGCACCUCCUGACGCCUGAUGGAAGACCUGAGAUCACUACCUGUCACUCCCGCACAGCCAUGACUGUGGAUUACAUCCUGUACACUCCCGAAUUCAUCACACCUCCUUCACUUCCUGGUGGGCGGGGCCUCCAGCCGCUGGGCAGGCUGUCAUUGGUCGGCCAGUCGGAGCUGGAGGAAGUCAACGGCCUGCCCAAUCAGUAUCACUCGUCCGAUCACCUCCCUCUUCUUGCUCGCUUCCGCUUCCGGCGCUGACCCGGGGUCGUCGGACAACCAGCUAAUUAACAGUGCAGCUCAGGGAAGAUGGGAGAGUUUAAGAUGUCUGUUGAACACACAAAAUAAUCACAAUUACGUUCAAGACGGCACACACACGUGCCGCCUGGACUUCAAGAAAAAGGAUUAAGGUCAGCACAGGUACACAUAUUUUGGUUUCCGUGCGGGGAACAAACUGUCUUUUAGAGUCUUUUUUUUUUUUUUAAACUCUUCUGGCUGGUAAAAUCGUGACGUCCAAGGAGAGACUUUAUCCACUUUAAUACUCUGUAAUAUCUUAAAUACACUUCAGUAAUUUAAUUUGAUGUGAUUUCUAAAAACUGCAGUGUUGCUAAAGUACAAAAUACAAAUACUUUAAUGCAGCAUGUCCAAAUGUUUUCUGAAUGCUCAGAUUUUGGACAACACUGAUGGCUGAAAUGUGUCCAUUUUGGGCAUGUUGCAUUUAAGUAUUUGAGCUUGAGUAUUGUUGAAAUUUUUAGUAGGGCUGAGCAAUUAAUUGAAAUGUCAUUGAAAUUGCUAUAUGGCCUACUGCAAUUUCCAAAUCGCAAUAGUCUGCAGAGAUGUCCUGGUCUACACAUCAGAUUGUACAGACUUAAAAAAACCAUCUUUGUUUGGUACAGAUCCCUGCAAAAAUCACAACAUAAUCAUUUCACUAUGUUUUUAAAUGAAGAUGAGAAUAAUGAUGUAAAAAUUAUGAUUCCCUCUAAUAUCGCAAUUGCAAUACCAGUCAAAAUAAUCGCAAGUAGAUACUUUUUUCAAAAGCGUUCAGCCCUAAUUUUUAGAACAAUUUCUUUUUUAAAGUUGAAAAUCUACAGCGUUUUAAUAAUUCUACAGGUUGGGUGUCCAAUUUUCAGAUCAUCUUCAGGGCAGAAGGAUGACAUUUCAAGAAAAACAAAUUUAUAAUUUGUUAUUAUCACCUGUAUGUGCAAAUAUCAAUCAUACUUCACUUCCAACACCAACAUUUAAUUUGAUUCUUAACUGUUCCGUUGCUAUAGAGAAGGUCACAGUUUUUUUUAAUCUUGUUUGUGGAAAAGUUCGUUCGAAACAAGUUCAGCACUUCCACUUGUACAUAAAACAGUUUUCUUUCAAGAAUUCAUGAAGGGAUAUAUUUUAAAAUAUUUAAUUUUUUAAAGAGUGAACAUUAUCACUUGAAGUUAAAUUGCUGCAGAUGAGGAAAGCUACUUGAUAACUUUGGCCUUGAUAGAGGGGCAAAGCAACUAACAUCGCCCCCCCAGUUAUUUAUAGACUUUUAUUGUUUAAGUUCAGUUAAGACAUUUAGCUCCUGUUUGGAGCAACUGGCAGUUAGUCCAACAUCAGAAUAUCAUCAUAACUGUACAGUACAUUAUAAUGAAGAACAGUGUGGCUUUUCAAAAAAGAAAUCAGCAUUUUCAAAGAGUGCCAAUAGGUCGCCGUGAAGUAUUUAAUUAUGAAAAAUGCAGAGUGUUUAGUUCAUAUUUUAAAGCUUCAGACAAGAGACAAAUGCAUGAAACAACUGUUGAAGAGGAAUUUAAUUACAAAGCCAAACAGUUUGGGUUAUGGAAUCUGUCAAUUUCCUUGCACCGAUUUUAAAGUUGCCCCUUAGUGCCAAAAUGCUGUUUUAAUUUAUGAUAUUGCUUCACAUUUACAAAAUAUUUAGAAACUUGGAUGUGCUGUACAUUUCACCUGCCGAUUCAGCCUGUAAAAGGUCUUAUUUUGUCAACCAAGAACUGUAAACGGUACUAGAGAAGGAAUUUAGUGCCAUCUGUCAAAAAGAAUGGUGAGAUGAAACAUUUCGAAUGUACUUGUGGACAUUUUGCUAUGAUUUCAGACUUACACACAAUCAACAAACAACAAGGAAUGGAUAUAUUUUUCUAACAUUUUGGAAAGAGAUUGCCAUUUUUGGACAGUUUACAGUUUGUAAAUAAAGGACUUGUGUUUUUACGUUA